CCCGUUGAAAAACUACUGUUAAAUAGACCAAAACUAGAAAUAAUUCAACUAAAAUUAACCCUACUGAUGUUUAUAGAUUCAACCAUGUGCAUAUUCAAUUCACAUCAAGAUAAUUUUGUUAAAAUUGUAUUCAUACCGUACGAUAGAAAAAAAGUAGGCCUAUUGAUUGUUAUAAAUUAUACGGUAAUAUAUAGUAAAAUUGGUACGGUACUAUAUAGAAUAUAGGUGAAUCCCAAAUAUCAAUAUUAGUAAAAAGAAUAUAAUAAUGUAAAUCCCAAUUAGUACCGGCACAGUAGAAUACAGAUAAAUUUCAAUUUUCUAUUGAAAAACAUAUUAUAAUAAUUAGCCUACCUAUAUUAAUUCAGACCGCUUAAAAACAUGGAAAUUAACAACUUAUUGUUAAAUAUCAGACCUACUGAUAUUUAAACAAUGACACAAUCAUAAGGUUGGCUACAUUCUGAAUUAAUCAACUGAUAAAGACAAAAGUGAGGACAAUUUAAAUCGCAAUGUACAACAUUAUACAUUAAUUGAAGCGUAUACAACAAGAAGCAAUUCAAAAUUAUAAAAAAAACGCUCAUCACCCUGCAGUUAAUAGCAAUAGCGUAGAAUCUUCCAAGCAACUUUACUGAUAUGAACAGAACAAUAAUCAAUUAGGGAACUUGUUGGUUGCCAUGACAAUAAUAAUCAUAUUUCUAGUCCUCCGCAAUAACCUAAUAAUACAGAGUUAACAUAUUAACAUGGAAGAGUCAGUGAAUGAUUUUUAUGAAAACUUGACGCUAGGAUUGAUAAAAACUCUGGAAAAGAUUCCUGGCGUACAAGACGUUGAGCUUGAGAAGAGGUUGCCUUGCGAUCGAAUGCUUAUUUCUUCAUGGGAACAGAGGCAUUCAUGCACUUUGCCUGAAGACAUGCGCCAAUUCUACGCUUCCACCGAUGGAUUCAAACUGAUUUGGAAUUAUGAGUAUGCUGGUGAAGUACUACCAGUGGGUAACCUUCGCAUCAAUUCUAUGAUGGAACUGCAAAGACUGGCAGGAGUGAAACCACAAAGUGACAACGAGUUGCCUUCUCUUUUGGACAUAGAGCUGUGCAAUACUGACCCCACGUGUCCAAGUUUCGGCACAAAAUGCAAAAUAUUCGAAUUAGAUCCAUGCCAGAACAUAGGAAAGGUAUGCCUGGCUUAUCUGGAGCGAGGCGAACACGAGUUGAGACACGAAGAUCCGAAAAUUUGGCUGCUUGACCGCAGUCAUGAGUGGCACUUGCUGGCCGACUCUUUCUCGCAGUACUUCCGCAUGAUGCUCUACCACCAGGGACUGCCACAAUGGCAGUUUCGCUUCACACCCAUGGGGCUCACUCCAUGGGCCGAGCAAAUGAUGACAAUGAUAGCUCCUCAUCUCCUGAUGCCGGAGUCCAAUCCGAAUGAAUCAAAAUUUCUGAAUUGGAAGCAAUUCACCAACAACACCAUCGAUCCUUCAGUGUUUAAGACUACUAAUAGCAAGAACAGUAAGACAGCCAAGCAGAAUGACUCCAAGUGAGAUAAUUCCAGUAAGAAGAGAGUGAAUGCUCAAGAAAAAAAAUGUUGAAACUACUUAUUUAUUUCACUGGUCAUCAAUGUUUAGAAUGCCAUAUAAAAUUCCAUGAUUAUAAUUAUUGUAUUUUAUAAAAAUUCAAAUGACCUGUA